GACUGCUCUCUGAUCUUCGAGAUGUUCUCAUAAGCAAACAUGUGCUGCCGGCCAGUACAUAACGAUGCAGAGCUCAUGGCAUAUGCUGUGUUUCACGGAAGCUCUACGAAGUCCGCAAACAGAAGCGAGCUCAAGCCAGCAUGAAUGUCUCGUCUGCAGAAGUGCUGUUGCGCGAGGCAGAGAAGACAGAUUCAAGGUUCACCGACAACUCCAUGGCCGUUUACCAAAUCAGAGUCAGACCACAAGAAGAAAGAAGCAUGUACAAUGACUAUGCCACAAAGGUCCGCACGUAUCUCAACAGCUUGCAUUCGAGCUAUCCAAUUUACGUGGUCCACUCCGGGAGAUGGCUAGUUGGCGCACCGAAUGGCGGACCUCUGCCCGAUUCGAAGAGGAUAUGGCACGCGGGAACAGUGAUUUCCAGAUGGAGGGGAGGCAUUCGGGCCACCGCAUCGACAGACGCCUCCGAGGAUGACGAAAAGGCAAUGGUAGAUGCUGAUGAGAAGGAGUAGGUCGUCUCACGAAGCUGGUGCGAUCACCCGAGACACCGCAGCAUGUGCUCGUUCGAGUUGAGAACAGCAAUGUACGCAGAAUGCAGGGGCAACUCUGAGCUAGCAGAGCCAGCAACUACACAAAAGGUGAGCCAAUACCACACUCUCGCAGAAACAACGUCUUUCACUCUUCACUCUUGCAUAUAUUGUGUUCAUCCCACCCACUGUAUUCGCAUCUAAUCAGCCCUUGAGACACGAAUCAUGGAAGUGAAAAUAAGUGAGGCUCGUCGACCCAACGGCCAAGGCUGC